UUGUUCUACUUGUUUCAGUUAAAAAUUAAAUAAAUUAUUUAAUAUGCCAUAUGCAAGUCAGCCAAGAGUAAAAAUUUUGGAAUGGACAGAUGAUAAUUUGAAAUUUAUAUUGGAAAAUACAGAUUUAUCUGUAGCAAAUAGUCUUCGUAGGAUAUUUAUUGCAGAAGUUCCAACAAUUGCAAUCGAUUGGGUUCAAAUUGAAAACAACACAUCAGUACUUCAUGAUGAAUUCAUUGCCCAUAGAAUUGGUUUAAUCCCACUGACUAGUGAUGAAAAAGUUGAUAAGAUGUGUUAUUCUCGAGAUUGCACUUGCAGUGAAUUUUGUGAUGAAUGCUCUGUUAAAUUUACACUUGAUGUUAAGUGUACUGGUGAAACUACACGGCAUGUAACAAGUCGGGAUCUAAUAUCUGAGGAUCCUAAAGUGAUACCAGUAACAUCUCGUAUAAAGGAUGAUGAUACAGGGUAUGGUGAGACUGAUGAGAUUGUUAUUGUUAAACUUCGAAAAGGUCAAGAGUUAAAACUACAUGCAUUCGCUAAGAAAGGUUUUGGAAAAGAACAUGCUAAAUGGAAUCCAACAGCAGGUGUUUCAUUUGAAUAUGAUCCUGAUAAUGCAUUGCGUCAUACUACAUUUGCAAGACCUGACCAAUGGCCUAAAAGUGAAUAUUCACAGCUUGAUGAAGACCAAUAUGAAGCUCCUUAUGAUAUACAUGCUAAAGCAGAUAAAUUUUAUUUUAAUGUUGAAAGUUGUGGUUCACUUAAACCUGAAAACAUUGUCAUGACAGGAAUUAGCGUUUUAAAGAAAAAGCUUAGUGAAUUGCAAACCCAUCAUAGUCAUGAAAUUGCUGCUGAUGUUUUGGCUAUUUGAAAACUUAUUUUAAAAGUACAUAUUGAUUUUCUAUUUUGAAAUAACUGAUCUUAAAUAGUUGUAUUUAUCAUAUUAAUUAAGAUCAGAUUAAUUUUAACAUA